GAUGUCUUCGCCAUGAAAGUCAUCCGCAAGUCGGAAAUGCUGCGCGCAUGUCAAGAAGGCCACCUGCGCGCCGAGCGUGACUUUCUGGUGGGAGCGGAGGGUUCGCGCUGGGUGGUGCCACUCAUGGCCAGCUUCCAGGACAAUACGAAUUUGUAUCUCGUCAUGGAGUACAUGAUCGGCGGCGACUUUCUCGGCCUGCUGUUACGGGAAGAUGCGCACAAGAUGAAGUGGAUUCAUCGGGACAUCAAGCCCGACAACUUCCUCAUCAGUGCUUCUGGCCACUUGCGAAUAUCGGACUUUGGCCUGGCAUUUGACGGCCAUUGGGCGCAUGGCCAGACGUACCAUUCCAAUCAGCGACAGGGCUUGCUGGAAAAGCUGGGCAUUCGAGUCAUCGGCGAUGAGCAGGAUGUUGUCGAAGCGCUCGAGGCCGAAGCAGCGGGUGAAGAGGUCGACUCGCCCAACCGCAAGACAUCUGCAGCCAAACAGCAAUCAAACUCCGAAGAAGGCGCCAAACGCGAAGGCCUACUCAACUGGCGCAACCGCACGGAACGGCGCAAGCUCGCCCGCAGCGUCGUGGGCACCAGCCAAUACAUGGCGCCCGAAGUCAUCCUGGGCCAAGCGUACGACGGGCGCUGCGACUGGUGGAGCAUCGGCAUCAUCCUGUACGAAUGCCUCUACGGCCGCACACCCUUCUACUGCGAGAACAGGCAGAAGACCAAAGAGAAGAUCGUCCGGCACCGCUCGACCCUCGAGUUCCCCGCUGCAGACCGCUGGGCUCGACCGACGACCGACGCUCGUCGUCUCCUCGCACCUCCGAGCGAAACGGCCAUCGAUCUGCUCCGCGGCAUCCUAACAGACAAAGACAUGAGACUAAGCUCGCAACGCUACCGCCACAGCGAAACGCGCUUCUUCGGCCGUCGCCCGUCCACCGGCCACAAUCCCCUCGCCCGCCACGUUUGCCCCAACGGCGCAGAGGAAAUCAAAGCGCACAAAUUCUUCGCCGGCAUCGCAUGGUCACAACUCCACCUCUCCUCCCCACCCUUUGUCCCGCGCGUCCGCGAAAAUCAGUCCAUUACAAAAUACUUCGAAGACGAGAAGGACUUGCUCUCCGACGAAAACUCCAGCUACGCCAGCGCCAAAGAGAAACUCCUCGAAGCCCGCAAAGUGCAAAUGUGCGAGGAGCGGGCGCAGUUGGGGGACGCCAGCGGCGCUGCUGUUCCUGUCACCAUGCCGGGUGCUGGGGGUGGCGCGAAACGCCCACCGAAGAAGGAAAAGAAGCGCGCUAGGGAUAAAGUGCUGCGUGAUCCGGAGCUGGCGCGCACGGUCAUGGAGAUCAGGAAGCGGAAGGCGUUCUUCGGGUAUACGUGGCGGAGGCCUGGGGUUGUGGUU